AUGUCGGGAGCAUAUAAUGAACGGGUCGCUGAGCGGCGCAAAAAAGCAGAAGCCGUGUUUAAUCAGGAAGGCAGCGAUAGCUUUCACCUGACUGAAUCCAAUUUAUUAUGGAAACUUGAAAAAUUAAUGAUUAAAGAAUUACGAAUUUGGUGGGAUACGAUAACAUUAGAAAAGUACAUAACGAAGGAAAUGAUCCCUAGAGGACUCCGAAUUAGAAAAUACCCAGCGUAUGAAAUUAAAGAUGAGGAUUUUAUAAGUAAAUGGAAUAACGCCCUAACGAGGUGUUCAUUGGAACUUAUGCAGCUCUUGGUUAAUCGUAAUCAGGAUACUUUGGACAUUUUGAAUGUGGAAAUACAAGAGAUGGAGGAACAGUUUAAGUCACCCGUGGCGGGACAAAUUAAUAAUCCUGAUAGAUAUACUAAAUGGGAAAGUGAUAUAAAGUCAAAAUUAAAUAACAUAGAAUCAGAGAUAGUAGCCAACAAAACAUCAAAGUUUAAUAGAGACAAUGGUGAUUAUGAGGGGAAUCGUGUGUAUUAUAAACCCAAUAGGGGGCAAUAUAGAAGACAACCGAGAUCUAUUUUAAAACCAAAGGAAAUGAAUAAAAAACAUGUCAGCUUCACUGAUACGGAUUAUGCGGAUAGUAGCUUCGAACAGUCUUCUGUCUCCUCCCUGUCUCUCUCUUCUUCCCACAGCACACAGGAACAGCGAAAUAAAAAAACCAUGGAGAUUUUUUCCGGGAAAAGACAAAGCACACCGGGGGAGUCGGAGAGGAACAAAGGAAAUCAGAAACAGCAGCGCCCGGAGUACCAAGGCCAGGAUUCAGGAAGACAAGGAGGGGGAAAGGACAGAAUGGACACUGGGGACAAGAAAUAUCCACUGAGGGAUCGAAUUGGCAAGAAACGGAGUACACGUGGGACAGCGAUGGGGGCACGGUUUGCGCCCACCUACGCCAACCUUUACAUGGGUUGGUGGGAAGAGACCCACGUGUUUGAAGUUUCUAAAUCAGCACAUCCUGGCAAGCAUAUCACAGAAACUCCACAGUCAAAAACAUCUGUGAAGAUACCUAGAAUUUCAACUAUACGAAGACUCUUUGAUGUAAAAAGAAACAGAAUAAAGAGAUCGUCGGUUUUCCCAGCAGGUGUUAAAGUAUGUCCCCAGGAGUCCUUAAAGCAAGUCAUUGACAGUAAUAUGGCAUACUAUAAACUAAGAGUUUGUCAGGAGGCAGUGUGGGAAGCCUAUCGGAUCUUUUUAGAUCGGAUUCCCCAGAGCUGGGUGGAUGCUUGCCAGCAAGAAUCAUUUUGUAUUUUUGAAAUUGGGAAAAACUUCAGCAGUUCUCAAGACCAUUCAGAAAUUAAACAGCAAAGAGUUAAACAUAAGGCAUUUACAGAAAGGAAAGAUGAAAUGAUUACAGAAACCACUUUGUCUCCUGCGGUUAUUGAGGAUUCAUCUUUUUCUACAAAUGAUGUAUCCAUGUCACUUGAAACCUUGAAUGAUACACUUUUAAAUGAAAUCAUCAAUGACACAAAGGAAUCUCUAAAGGAACUUGAAAUAACAAAUCUUGUUCCUGAGCAGCCAGUGCAGCAGAUUGUCACUCUCACUAAACAGCAAUUUACAGAUGAACUUAGUGAUCCUAAUUCACCACAAUACCAAGAACUAGCCAGAAAUUCAGGUCAGUUUCAGAAAAUCAGAAAAUUACAUAUGGAAAAGGUGUUUGACAAACUCCCAGGCUUCAAAGAAAUAUGGGUCUCAAGAGUUAGACAGAAGAAGGAAAAUGAUGGAUCUGAUAGCAUUGUUGUAGGUUAUGCUGUGGUCUUUGAAAGAAGCUUUGACUCUAAAAAUAACAUUGAUGAGACUCCUACUAUCACAUCUAACAAUGUUGAGAAUGGCAGUAUACAAGAGCCAAAAGAAAUGUCAUACACUGCAAUAGAACUGCAGAACAUGGUUGCUAUGGCAUUGUGGGAUGAUCGAUCUUUACCUGUGGACCUCCAAACUCUUUGGUUUGCUGAUGAUCCAGAGAAAUCAUUUAGUCCAUUGGAAACUAAUUCUGAAGCGCUAAUGACAUUGCCACCAUCCAAAAUAAAGGGUGAAGCUGUAAAUGCUGAGCAGUCAUUGGUUCAUCCUUUUGAAGUGACAACAGAACAGGAUUUCAGCAUUCUUUUGGAUUUUUCAACAAUACAUGUGCUUACAGAAGGCCUAGCAACACUCAAUGCAGACCAGUAUCAAUCAUAUGAGGAUGAGGACAGCCAAUUUAUACCAGUGGAAAAUAAAGAUAUAACCAUCAAUGAAGCUUAUAUUGUGCCUUUCAGUGAUUCACACAUCAAUGAAAAUGAUAUUAAUGACCUAGAAGUAACAUCAAAUUCUAACAUAGUUUUUACACCAAAUACUCAGUUGUCUCCUAACCAUUUAACAGACACAGAACAUGCAGCUUUUAAUGAAGACAACCGUGUUUUGGCUUAUUCAACAGUUUUACCUGAUAUUGAAAAAUCACCACUAACUGAACACAAAGAAGAAGACGACAAAAAAGCCAAUGCAGCAAUGUUUAGCAAUACAACUGAUUUAGAACUUUUAAAUAUAAAAGACCCUUUAGAAAUAUCUGGUGAUUUUUUACCAUCAAGCAGUGAAGACGUCCAUGGGCAGAUAACCUCAGGCCAGACUAGUAAAGGAGACUGUUCUGUGGAGACAUACAUUACUCCUGCUUAUCCCUUUGCCAUGGACAUAAAGAAUAUCACAGAUUCGUCUUUGGUAAACAAUGUGGCUGGAGAAGUCUAUCGAAUGCUUUUUGAGCAUCCAGCGAAAGAAGCAUUGAAGAAGUUGAAAUCUGGCCCUGUAUAUGCUACAAUCAACAAAGGCAAUGAACUUGUGGUUUACUUCAGUCUUCGUGUAACAAACAUGCCCUUUUCUGAUGAUCUAUUCAAUAAAAGUUCCCCAGAAUACAGGGCGCUAGAACAACAAUUUUUAUACCUGUUGCUCCCUUAUCUUCAAUCAAAUCUAACAGGAUUUAAGAAAAUCCUGAACUUCAGAAAGGGAAGUGUGAUGAACAGCAAGUUGAAGUUUGCUAAAUCCGUGCCCUGCAAUGUCAUGAAAGCUGUUCACUGUGUGCUGGAAGAUUUUUGCAAUGCGGCAGCACAGCUCCUCAAUUUAAAGAUUGAUAGUUACUCACUUGACAUUGAACCUGCUGACCAUUCAGAUCCAUGCAAAUUUAUGGCACGUGAUGGAUUUUCAGAAUGCUCAAUAGACUCCAGAACAAAAGAGGCAGCCUGCCUGUGUAAAGCUGGUUACAAAAGCCUUGAUGGGCUACCAUGCCAAAGUGUCUGUGAACUGGAAGCAAACUAUUGUGCUGAUGGACAAACUGAAGUUGUGAAGGGGCAAGGAGCAGUUUGCAGGUUACCAGAAGUUUCUACUGAACCAAAACUGAAAACUGGGCUAUGAAAUUUUCUUUCAAAGGUUGGCAAUUGUAGAGAAAAAAAUUGUAUUUUGUAUGAGAAAACAUGUUUAUUUUUAACAAAAUGGAUCAAUUAAUAGUGCUCCUCCAGCAGAAUCUAGCAUUGAAAUCCUUUUCAAAAGAGCACCCUUUUUUAUAUUUAGUUUAAAAUCUGAUAAGAAUAGACGUUGUUACUUUCCCAGGUGCCAUCAAUCAUGUGAUUUGUACAACACUCUUUACUGC